AUGCUCGUGAUCAAAGGGCUGUGUGUGGACCUGGAUCACUACGUCGACGAACUCGUGAAGCUUUGUCAUCGUUUUACCACCAAAAAGCGCACUGCGGACACCGACACCGUCCUUGUCGAGGGGUACCUCCGCGCGUUCCUGACAGCCAACGCCACCACUCCUAUUUAA